AUGGAGGAGGAGGUGGCGGCGAAUGAGGCGGCCAUUCUGGAGCGGCGCCAGGAGAUCCGGACGAGUCUGAGGGCCGUGGAGAACUCGCUGAGAGAGGCUGGAGCCGUGACGGACGGAUACACUAGCGCGUAUCUGCUGGAGUCGCCCUCUGCGCAUUGGGACAACGUCCCUUCGACUUCGCUGUUCCGUCGACAGGCAGUGCACGUAUCCGACGCGGAAUUGGCUCGCUCUGCUGCGCUCCACUUCGACUUUGACGCUCCGGAUGCAGUUCGGUAUCAGUGGAGAGUGUCGCCAUUGGGCGAGGCCAAGUGUCGUCGCAUUUGGAGCUUGUUCGAUGCGGAUGAGGACGAAGUGUGGACGCAUCGAGAGUUCCUCGAGUACAUGGCGGCGUUGAAGUGUUCGACGGAAUCGACUGAGCUUAGGGCGUUUGAGGAUAGUGAAGAGGUCUGGAGGAUGUAUAUGAGUGACAUGUGCGAGCUGGAUGAGGACGGGAGCCUCACGUUCGACGGGUUCGUCAUGUUCCGCGAGCUUAUUGAAGACGAACGGCCUCUGGCUCGAGAUUUGAGGCUGCUGGGUAUUUCGUUGGAGUGGGAAGAGCUGGAGAGGGUCGAGAGGAUCAAGGAGCUAUUUCAUGAGUACAUUGACGAUCCGUCGGGCAACGUGACGGCCAAGGCUGCACAGUACUUGCUGGCGGAGAUUGGGUUUGCGUUGACGAGUGAAGAGACGACGGAGAUCGUUGAGAGGAGGUACCAACUGGAACGCUGUCUUCGGUUUGUACAUCAGUUGAAGCGUACGCUGCGGCUGUUUGGGUAUCGACAGAAGUCGACACUGCGAUUUACGAACGAAGGACUGUCGAGAGAUGAUCGCGGUCAUAAUGAGGAGGAGUCGAAGAUCUGUAAGGUUGGACUACUGAGCCUUGUGUUGUCGUCAUGGUGCCCCGCUGUGAAGACACGCUGGCGGAAUUUCUUUUUGUACUGUCGACUGCAGUCGUUCUGUGCAUUGAGACGCGUCAAGCAACGAGUUCAUUGGAUCUUCACGUGCAUCCGCCAAGCUGCGACCACAGGAUUAUUAUCUGCAAAUUGCUUACAGUCUCCUACUCCCGGAGGAGAUCGCGGAGAUUACCUACUCAAACUGGACGUGGGGCCCAAGUUUUCCACUACCGCCACCGUACAUCUUACAUACAACUCGGACGCCGACUCUGCCGCCGCACUUCACGAGCUGAAAUACCUGGAGCGAGGUGCCGAGUGUUUCCUGUACAUCGACUUCACCUGCCGAAAUGGCACCAAAGAAAGCGAUGGGCAACUGUUGGUAGAACGGUUGACGUGGUUUAUCGGCGAAUUUCUCCGCGACCACAUCGAGACACUGCCAUAUUUCCACCGCUGGUUUGUCACUUUGCCGUCAAAAAUCCAACUGCGCUUAGGACCAACAAGCAGCGGCGCUGCUGGGACCUCAGCGACGGUGGCUCGUCUCGUGAUCCUCUUUACGGGCCAGAUGGACCUGUACCAAGUCAUGCAGACGCUCGGCUUGCCGUCGUCCAUGCAGUUCGACCACCUCAUCCAGCGUUUUUCUCUUCGCUGGCUGUGCAGUCACUCUUUGGAGGACCUCCUCGUCACGAAGAAUCUCAACCUGGGAGCUCAAUGGGCCUGUCGGACUCAAAUGGACAUGCGGUUGAAUCGGCAAGCAUGGGCUCAAAUCUUCGAUCAGGUCGCUCACCAACUCGAUGCGGAGCUGGCGCACGAACGAGAAGACGCCGAGUAUAUCGCUCAAAUCAAAGCC